UGCAGUGAAAGAAGAAGUGAAGUGAGAGUGUGGUGCUCCGUGCAGGGUGUGGGGCAAGGAGAGCAGAGAAGCAAAGGACUGAGGACCUGUGUUGAGCACUGAGCAGAGCGGAGAGGAGGUGGCCGGGGGCCCACACGGAUGUCCAAGUUCCCUUUCUGUCUGUGGACGCGCCGGGAGCCCGUGACAGCAGGACAGCGGCAGCAGCGUCACAGAGUCUUACUCAUCCGUUGGGCAACCCAGCCAUUUUUGGGAGCCUGUCGUGUGCAGCGUGGGGAGAAAGCACUGGACUUGGAGUCUGGGGCCCUGGGCUUGAGUCCGCGCUUGAUUGCUGGGCUGCCGUCACCCCCAAGCAAGCUCCUGCGUGGUUUCCAGUUUCCUCACGAUCAAGCGGAACCGUCUUGGACCUCAGGCUGGAGGCUAGGAUUUGGAAGAGACUGGGAACAGGAUAUGGACGGCUGGAGGGCCUUCUUCCUCUGCCUGUGCCUCAGUACUGCUCAUAGUGAGACAGUGGGGGCCUCCCAAGAGCCCCUGCACUGGAUGGAGAAGCUGGAGACCAUGACCAAAGGAUACAAUGUGACUUCGCUUGCUGGGUUCAUCCGGAGCCUGGAGCACAGCCUGCUGAACACCAGCUUCGGGGGCAAGAACCUCACCUUGCAGACACACAGCAUCCAGACGCUGGCCUUCAAGCUGGGCUGUGACUUCACCGGCCUCACACUGAACAGUGCGGCUCUGGAGCCCGUCCCCCAGGCCCAGGUUCCGCACGCCAUGCAGUUCCCGGCCGAGCUGACCCAGGAUGCCUGCAGGGCCCGCCGCCACGGGGAGCUGCGCCUCAUCUGCAUUUACUUCUUCACAGACUACUUUUUCCAGCCAGCCCUUCUGCUGUCCUUCCAGAAUAACAACUCAUCUCUGCUCAAUAACUAUGUCCUGGGGGCCCAGCUGGGUCAAAGACAUGUGAAGAACCUCAGGGAGCCGGUCAACAUCAGCUUCUGGCACAACCGAAGCCUGGAAGGCUACACAGUGACCUGUGUCUUUUGGAAGGAAGAAGCCAGCAAGGAUCACUGGGGGGUCUGGAGCCCCGAGGGCUGUCGCACAGAGCAGCCCUCACCUUCCCAGGUGCUCUGCCGCUGCAACCACCUCACCUACUUUGCUGUCCUCAUGCAACUCUCCUCGGCCCCGGUCCCCGCCAACCUGCUGGCCCCUCUUACGUACAUCUCCCUGGUGGGCUGCAGCGUCUCCAUCGUGGCCUCACUUCUCACCAUCCUGCUGCAUUUCCAAGCCAGGAAGCAGGGUGACUCCAUAACGCACAUCCACACGAACCUGCACGCAUCCGUGCUGCUCCUGAACGUCGCCUUCCUGCUGAGCCCCGUGCUGCCUGGGCCCGGGCCGGCGUGCACCGCGCUGGGUGCCGUCCUGCACUUCGCGCUGCUCAGCUGCCUCACCUGGAUGGCCAUCGAAGGCUUCAACCUCUACCUGCUCCUCGUGCGCGUCUACAACAUCUACAUCCGCCGAUACAUGCUCAAGCUCUGUGUGGUGGGCUGGGGGGUCCCGGCCCUCCUGGUGCUGCUCCUUCUCGUUGUCCGGAGCUCAGUGUAUGGAGUCCACACAAUCCCAGUCUUCGACAGCCAGGGAAAUGGCACGGGCUUCCAGAACAAUUCUAUAUGCUGGGUGCGGAGCCCGUGGGUGCACAACAUCUUGGUCAUGGGCUAUGGUGGCCUCACAUCCCUUUUCAACCUGGUGGUGCUGGCUUGGGCACUGCGGGCUGUGCGCAGGCUGCGGGCGCAGGAGAAGGUGCCGGGCCCCCGGGCCUGCCGGGAUAGCGUCACCGUGCUGGGCCUCACCAUGCUGCUGGGCACCACCUGGGCCUUGGCCUUCUUCUCCUUUGGUGUCUUCCUGCUGCCCCAGCUCUUCCUCUUCACCAUCUUCAACUCGCUGUUUCUUCCUCUUCCUGUGGUUCUGCUCCCAGAGGUGCCGCUCGGAGGCAGUGGUGGAGGCAGAGAUGGAGGCGUUCAGCUCCUCCCAGACGAUGCUGUAGUCUGGGCCUCCUGGCCCAGAGCCCAGCCUCUCUGCCUGCAGCCCGAGACUCUGGCUUCCACCAGAGAAGGUGGCAGGCUGUGCCCUCCGGGGGUGGGGGGGCUUUCCUACCUCCAUGGCUUCCCUAGGUCCACAGGGCAGCACGUGGCUCUGCCUCCCUCGGCAUUCUGCUCUGGCGCAGGGUCAACCCCGCUGGGGGUCAGCAAACUUUACUGGGCAGGGCACUGGCCUGGGGGGUCAGGAGGCCAUGUUUCAAGGCUUCACUCUGAGUCUCGCUGUAUGCCCUUGGGCCUAUGGUCUCCCUGGCCCUGGUCUCCACAUCUGUGACAUGGGGCAGAUGGCUUCGGUCCUGCCUAGCCCAAGAGCUUUGUGAAGGCUGAAUAAAACCAGCGAAGAAGGUCUUAGCGGGCCCCUGGGACGGGGUCUCUGCCAAUCUGCCCUGGGGGUUUCCUGCUGGGGCUGCCACCCUCUUCUGGGGAGGGCCAGACCACAUCCUGGCCCAGCCCCCCAGCCCACAGCUGAGUCUCGCCCAGUGUCUGAGGCUUCACCAGCCUAUGCCUGAGGCCGCUUUUCCCUCAGUCCCCCCAAAUUGUGGUGACUCCCAGCUCUAGGCUCAUUCUUCUUAAAGAUCAGGAAGUCCAGUCCUUCCCAGAGGCUCCUCCUCCAGUGCUCCCAAGACCCCUAUAGGCCAUGUAGACCAGAAGCGGGCUGGAGGGCUUCCUGGGGAUGGGAGGGCAGAGCCUCAUUCCCCUCCCCCUGAGCCAGCUGGGCCUGUGACCUGGGUGUUUGAUGACUGGUGAGGAUUGAAUUUCCCCCAGGAGGCGUGAGGGUAUGGAUUCUAAAGCCAAGCUCAGGCCACAGUUGUAGAGACCUGUCCUGACCUCUCAGACCAAGAGGGAGCGGGCUCAUGAAGCCAGCUGCAUUCCCAGGAUGCACACCAGGGGGCGCAGCUGGCCUGUGCUCAGAAGCCACUGGCUCCAAAAUCUAUCUGGAAAUGUCACCUGUCUGUGGACCUGACACACGAGAUGGAGACGUCCUGCUUCCAGAACUGCUCCUGCUGAGGGACAGAAGAACGAAUUCUUGCACCGUUUACAUGGCCAUUUCUCUCUUUUCCCAGCGCAGCUGCCAGCUCCGGCUCUUUGGGGAGGAGUUCUCUGGGCAGAGCUGGCACUAGAGCUGUGGGCGGGGGUGGGGCAGGGGUGGGUGGGGAGGCUCUCGGGCCCUGCCCCCCAGCCACCAGACAGGUAAUGGUGACUUUGGAUGGCACAGUGAGGGAACUGGAGCUGUAUCCCUUUUCUCCCAGGGGUGUCUUCUGCCCUCUGUUCAUUUCUUGGUGCAAACAGCCCUCCCUGGGUGGUGGGCACAGUGGUCACCAGAGCCUGGCUGCCUGGGCUCAGAUAGCUCUGCCACUUGCUAGCUAUGUGACAAACCACUCAAGUUCUCCAUGCCUCAGUUUUCUUAUCUGUAAAAUAGGGGCAGUAGUGGUGCCU